CACCCUGCCAAGUUGCAUUCAAUUUUGUCUAAUUUAUCCUGAUAUGAAUUGACAAAGAAACGGGUGAACAACCUGACCUACCAAGCCCUUGCUAUCCCUACAGCAGCUAGCUCUCACAGGCGGCAUGUAGCUUCAAGUGACUCCCCUAGACCCGACACUAUCCGACAUGAUUGACUGGUAUGUCCUCAGACGGGAGAUUCAGGACCAUAAUGGCUGUGACAGUGAUAGUCUAAUCCAUGUUCGUGAAGCUUCUGUUCUUUCACCAUGACAGCAUGCACGUGGCGCCAUGUGGGGAUGCACUCUAUAGCAUCGUGCCGUCUGGUGCGUGAAUACUAUCAUUUCCAGCUUUAUAAAUGGGAGUUGGUGCUUCGAUUAUCUUUCUCCUUCUUCCCCUUCUUCAUGCGCAGUUGUGACUUUCCUGUCUCUAUCGUUGAAUCUGAUCACUGACGCUCCUUUUUCUUAAGAGCUUCCUUCCGAAGUCAGCAUGCUCAUACUUAUUCUCUUCCUCGCCCUAGUGGCCCAAGGUCUUACCAUUCACCGCUCGACCACGGGCAACAUCUGGCAGCCCAAAGUCGGUGCUCCAUGGGACAUUGUGCUCUCUACCAACAUACUUCGUCCUGCUCCUGCCACUGAAAUCUAUGACAUCGACAUGUGGAGCAGCGAGCCCAGCACCAUCGUCAACCUUCAUAAGCAGAACCACAAAGUGAUCUGCUACUUUUCUGCAGGUAGCUACGAGCUACACAAGAAAGACAGUGCCUCGUUUCCAGAAGAAGCUCUGGGCAAUCCCCUUCACGACUGGCCUUCGGAAAGAUGGUUGGAUGUUCGCCAUCCUCAAGUGCGCCGCAUCAUGGCAGCCCGAUUGGAUCGAGCACAGCGGCUGGGCUGUGAUGGUGUUGAUCCAGAUAAUGUCGAUGGAUAUGGGAAUGACAAUGGUUUUGGGUUGACGAAGCAGGAUUCCAUUAACUAUAUCAAUUGGUUGGCUGGAGAGGCGCAUAGCCGGGGUCUGGCUAUGGGACUGAAAAACGCGGGAGACGUUAUUCCUCAGGUUCUUGCAAACGUGCAGUGGAGCGUCAAUGAAGAGUGUGCGGAUAGACACGAGUGUGAUCUGUAUGCCUCUUUUGCAAGGGCCGGGAAGCCUAUCUUUCAUAUCGAAUACCCGAAAGGUAGUGACAGAAAUGACAAUGAAGAUGUCGAUGGGGAGGAGAAGAGACGAUACUGUGAAUUCUCGAAUUCGGGACUAUUCUCAACCGUUCUGAAGAACAUGAUCCUGGAUCGUUGGGUUCAACGGUGUAACUGAUGCUGUUUGCAUCCUCGGAUGUAUCGAAUU